UGAGAGGGAGGUUUUAGCCUGGGACAGUGCUAGGUGAGGGGGACCAUGGCAUCGCCAAGAGGAGCACUCAUGGAGGUGCUCAGAGGCCAGUCAACUGAAGGACUGAAGCUCAGGUCCAACGUGGUCCGAGUCUUUGUCAGCUCCACAUUUACAGAUAUGAGCAGUGAAAGGAAUGCCUUAUUGGACAAAACCUAUCCUGAACUUCAAGCUUUUUGUCAGAGUCAGGGCUUAGUGUUUGAGGUUGUGGAUAUGAGAUGGGGUCUCCAGGAUGCAAUUGCUGUGGACCACAUGACCACAGAACUGUGUCUUCAGGAAAUCGAGGCUUGCAAGAAAGUAUCCGUAGGACCAAGUUUCAUUGCUCUGCUGGGGAACCGGUAUGGUCACCGCCCUAUCCCCCGUGUCCUCCCAGGAAAACAAUUUGAGGUGCUGCUGUCCAAGCUACCACAGGACCAAGUGGGGCUUCUCCACCAAUGGUUCAGGAAAGACAACAAUGCUGUUCCUCCCGUCUACGUUCUUCAGCCAAUCACAACUCUGUUGCCCCACUACAAUGACCUUCAGCCUGAGAGAAGGCCGCUGCAGGAUGACAGUGUCAUUUCCUGGCGCUACACAGAGGCUCGAUUAUUGCAGCUUCUACGCACUGCGGCCGUGCAGGCUGAAGAAAACGGGGAUAUAACUGUUGAACAAAAACACCAGUUCUUCAAAUCUGUGGCGGAGCAUGAGAUAGAGGAGGGUCUGCGAAUGCCAGAUGGGGACGAGAGCGAGCCCUCCGCCAUCCUCUUCGUGCGGGAGCUACCUCACUUGCGUAAGAAGGACAGCCCGAAGCGGCUGGCCCAGUACAUGGAUGUGACGGCGGAUGGCCUGCUGGAUACCGAGGCUCAGGACCUCCUCUCAGGCCUCAAGUCGCGUCUCUUCGCUGCCUCGCCGGGCAUCCUCAACCUGCACAGUGUGGAGUUGUGCAAGGGAGCCAUCGAGCCCAGCUGCAAGGAGCAUGCCCAGUACCUGGAGAGCCUCUGCGAGCAGCUCGUGUCCCAGACGAAGGCCCACAUUGCCAGGAGGGUUGGUUCGUCAGUGGAGGCUGGUACAGUGAUGACGAAUGGGGCAAGAGGAGGAGAUAUAAGUCAGAGGAAGGGGGAAGAGGACAGAGGCUGGCUGCUCCAGGAGCUUAGUCACCACAUGGCUUUGAGUGCCGGGAAGUGUUCGAGCGUCUUUCGCGGCAGGGAGGGGCUCCUUGGGAAGAUCUGCCUGGCCAUGUGGGAACACACCAACACCCGCCACGCGCCCCUGGUGGUGCAUGGGCCACCGGGUGUGGGCAAGACAACGCUGCUCUGCAAGCUGGCACAGGAGAUGCGUGGCCUCCUGGACCCCAGGGCUGUGGUGGUGCUCAGGUUGCUGGGGACGUCGGCAGAGAGCUCCGACCUGGGCCGUGUCCUCCAGAGUGUCUGUUUCCAGAUCUGCUCUGUGUUCAGUUUGUCGACUCCCACCCCAAUAACAGCACACACGCGUGAGGACCUGGUGAGGUUUUUCCAUGGCCUUCUAGCUGAGGUGUCGGAGCGAGGAGACACACUUCUUCUCAUACUAGACUCCCUGGACCAAUUGUCCUCGGCCACCCAGGGCCAGAAACUCCACUGGCUACCCAAAGACAUCCCCCCCAAUGUCCAUUUGGUGGUGUCCACCGCAGACACAGGCUCUCCAGUUUUGGCUAACCUUCGGAGAACAGUCGAGGUGCCGGGAAAUUUCUUUGAAGUAGAACCCCUAUCAUGUGACCAGGGUAGAGAGAUCAUGGAUGCCUACAUGAGGGAAGCGCAACGAAGCCUGACUCCAGAACAGUGUGAAGUGGUACUGUGUAGCUUUCAGCUGAGUGGAAAUCCUCUGCAUCUGAAGCUACUGCUGGACAUGGCCAGGCGAUGGGCGUCCUAUACCCCCGUGACUGACCUUGCCCUGAGCAGUAGUGCACAGGAAGUGAUGUCACAGCUACUCCAGGCCCUUGAGGAGAGGCAUGGGAAGCAACUGGUUGGCGCAGCUUUGGGAUAUAUCAUCUCUGCUAGGGGUAGUCUAUCAGAGGCAGAGCUGCGUGAUAUCUUGUCCCUUGAUAACAAUGUCCUGGCUGAAGUCUACCAGUACUGGCUUCCCCCCAACCACUCCCUCAUCCGCCUCCCCCCUCUACUGUGGGUGCGCCUCAGGCACGACUUGGGAGAACUCCUCGUGGAGGGACAGGCCAAUGGCGUCACGGUGCUCGACUUCCACCACAAGCUGUUGACUGAAACUGUGCGAGAGAGGUACCAGAGGUCAGAGCAGCAGGCUGACAGACACAGGGUCCUUGCUGAGUACUUCUUGGGUAGAUGGAGCCAAGGCCGAUUCAAAGCUGUCCUCCUACCUCCACUGACGACCACAUUGGACGCUGACCGCAAGGUGCCCCCUCAGCCCCUGUGGUUCGCUGAAGGAGUGGCAAAUGUCAUAAAGCUGCAGGAGCUGCCCUACCACCUCCUCCACGCAGGCCUCUGGGAGGAGCUGCGCCAGGAGGUCAUUGGCAGUAGUGAGUGGCUGUACUGUAAGACUCUGACCUGUGGCGUGGCCAGUGUCAUUGAGGACCUGACCCUCUGCACCGAGCUCAUGGACUGCCCUGAGACUCAACUGAUCCGAGACACUUUCAUUCUCCUCAAGCCCACCCUGGACUUUCUAGAUGGACAGAUGGAUCCCUCCCUCUUCUACACAGAGGUCUUGGCCAGGCUCCACUCCUUCGCUGAGAUGUACCCUUCACUGAUAGGACGACUCUGCUGCCAGUGUCACGACUGGCUCUCGUGCUGUCCCGACCCCAUCCUUGUCCCCAAGUGCGCCUUCCUCCAGCCUCCAGGGGGAGCGCUAAAGACAACGCUUGCUGGUUUCCAGAAAGGGGUCACAGCCCUGGAUAUUUGCCCAGAGAGAGGGAUCCUGCUUGCAGGCUCAGAGGACGGGAAGGUGAUUGCCUGGGACCUCAAUGAUCUAGAGGUCAUCCAAACCUUAGUGGGACACACAGCUAAGGUGCUAUCCGUGAGAGUGAUUGACAGCGGUGAUCACUGUCUCUCAUUGGCUGCUGACGGGAGUCUGAGGAAGUGGAGCCUGCUGAGUGGCAGGCAGCUGUACUGUACCCAGGAGGCGGUGUCCAUUAACUCCUUACCUUCCACCACACACAUCCAUGUGUCUGAGGAGAGGGCGCUUGUCUUCACCCACUCUGGAGGCCAAGUGAAAGUGUGGCAUCUUAACACAACAGAACUACUCUUCCAAGUCAAAGAUACCGGUGUCUCCAUUAUUCUUGGAUUUUUGAACGGAAUGGUCGUCUCCCUCUCAGACGGAGGACUUGUCACAUUUUCCCACCCCUCCGCCGAGGACAAGACAGCGCAGAUACAUUUGGAAAAAUCUUCACAUAGGUUGACCCUGACGGCAACCCUUACACUGCAAAAACAUGGCCGACUACUUAUAGCAUCAAAGGAGGGCUUCCUAUAUCAGGUUUCCAGCACUGAACAGGACAGACAGUCACAGUGGACUCUGAGACAGACAGUCACAGAGCUUCCAGUCUGUGCAACCUUCCUCUCCGCCUCAGAUGACGAAAGGAUACUUUUGGCAGGCUGUGAGAGGACACUGGUCCUUUUCCAUAGAGAGUCCGACUGUGUCCAGAGCUUCCUGGAUCUGCACCAUGAGGACACGGUGUUGUGUGCCUGUGUGUCGAGCGACAGCAGAGUGGUCGUCUCGGGCUCUGAGGACCAGACAAUACGGGUGUGGUCUAUAACCACGGGAAACCUCCUUGACUCUUUCCUUGGCAUGGAUGCCCCUGUCACCACUCUGGCUCUGUAUGAGGGCACUGUCGUCUCCGCCUCCUCCUCAGCCUACUACCUGAAGCUGUGGCAUCUGCCCUCACCCAACGACCCUCAGCAGAGACCCAAAGGCUGUAUUCCAGCCGGAUGCCCUCAGGUUGCCCUCACUAAAGAUGGCGACACGGUGUACUAUGUUAGAAACAUAGGCCAGAAAGAAGUGAUUACAUGGAAUUGUCACACAGGUAAAAAAAUACAUAUGUGCACCUUAUGCUCUUCCACUGACACCAUGGCCGUCUCUGCUGAGGUGUGCUGCCUAGAGCUGGCCCAGCACAAGAAACUCCUCUUCUGUGGCCUCACGACUGGCACGGUCCUCAUCUACCCCCUAGCCUUCCCCAAAGAGACCCUGUGCAUUCCACCUCCUGAGACCCUGCCCACGGUGCGCUGCAUGGCCAUUGGCGGCCAGGAGAAGCACAUGGCCGUGGCCUACGAGGACUCAGUGUGUCUGUUCGAGAUCACGGCUAGGGACAGUUUCCCCAGCGUGGAGGGGCCCGCCGCAAAGUUUGCCCUCUCCCUGCUCCACUCGCCCGUCUCCUCCAUGGCCCUGCUCCCAGACUGUAGGCUGCUGUACGGGACGGCCUGCGGGGAGGUCACCAUGUACGACUUCAAGUCCACUUCAACCGCCACCCUGGAUGGCCACCGCAGCAGGGUCAACUGCGUGACGACCAGCAACUGGGGGACGCACGCCCUGGUGGGCUCAGAGGAUGCCGUGCAGAGGCUGUGGGGGCUGACCCCCCUGGUACUGGAUCACACCAUGGAGUACAAGGGGUUCUUGUUUGAAGGGGUUCUCUGUGCAGCGUUCUCUGAGAGUGACAAGCACGUCUUCACCGGAUCACAGGAUAGAACUAUUAAAGUCUGGGAUGUUGCUAGUGGGAGUCUGUUAUUUGUCCAGUAUGUCUACGCUCCUGUCACCAAAAUGUUGACCUACAGGAAUGGCUUCGUGGCAAUUUCCCAGCUGGGCUACGUCAUCAAGGAAGGAUUCCGCUGUCCGGAUGACGUCUGUCCGGAAUACAACCCACUCCGGAAUAUCAACGCACACUACAGGGUCACGUCCCGGCAGAAGAGUGCAGACAGCCCUCACAGCGUCAUCACAAAGAUCCCUGAGUACAAUCCUGCUCAGUUUAACUUCAUGGCCCUGAUGCUCAAGAGCAAACCCUCUCACUCAUGCCAACUGUUGUAAGGAAACUGACAUAACAUAACAGACAUAGUGUCAAUUGUAGAGAUCUAGCGUCAUAUACGGUUCUGUGUGCUGCUACUGUAUACAGUAAGUUGAGUUCAGUUUCCCACACUGAAUUAUAUGAAAAUAGGGCCAAUGUAUGUCAGCUCAUUUCACUUGCUUUAAAUCAGCUAUGCACAUUACUUAUUAUAAAUCAUUCUGUGAAAUGUAGGGAUUUGUAUUAGCAUAUGUUCAUCACAUGGCACGUAGAGAUGACAUAUAUACAAACUGUUACAAAAUGCCGUGAUUAUGUGUAAAAGCAUCAAUAUAUAGAACAUUUAAGGGCUAGUUGCUGUACAAAGCACACGUAUACACUGAGUGUACAAAACAUUAGGAACACCGGCUCCUUCAAUGACAGACUGACCAGAUUAAUCCAGGUGAAAGCUAUGAUUCCUUAUUGAUGUCACUUGCUAAAUCCACUUCUCAUGGAAAUUACCACCAGGGACUCAGUCAAACAUUAAAUUACUCAUUCUUUAUUAUCAGCAAGCUGGAGAGGUUCCAACCAACUUCAUGCACCAUAGUACACGUUGGUCGGGAGAUCUGCCGGGGCAGUCCCCUUAGUUCUCUUAUAGUUAUAUUUGCAUGAUUUAGCUUAUUCAUAAUUAAUUCAUCAUUAACGUUUGGUUCAUACAUGUGACCGACCAAUACCUCACAAGGCUUCUUCUCACUGGUGUGAGGGUGUCAAGAACUGCAAAAUUACUGUUUUUUUCAUGCUCAACAGUUUCCUGUGUGUAUCGAGAAUGGUCCACCACCCAAAGGACAUCCAGCCAAUUUGACACAACUGUGGGAAGCAUUGGCGUCAACAUGGGCCAGCAUCCCUGUGUAAUGCUUUCGACACCUUAUAGAGUCCAUUCCCCGACAAAUUGAGGCUGUUCUGAGGGCAAAAGGGGGUGUCUCUCAAUAUUAGGAAGGUGUUCCUAAUGUUUUGUAUACUCUGUGUAGAAAGGUUCAAAUAUUGUAGAAUGCUAAAACAAAAUAAUCUGACAUUUCCUGUUGCUGGAAAUCAUAUAUUUAAUAAUUCAUGUCUUUGCCUUCCGGCUUGCAAUGAAAAACCCAGCGACAAUUAAAAUCUGAGUUUCAAUAACAUACAAAAAUCAAGGUGUACCACACAGUGCUCUCUUGAACAACCUUUUGACAUUAAAGUACAGAGAUUCACAGUGUGUACGGACUACUUCUGUUCAAAGUUGUUGGUAAACAACUCCAAUGGACCAAGAGGAGGGCCCUCUCAUUUGUUAAUGAAGUCCCAGGAACAGGGUACCAAACAUUGCUCUCUAGUCUUUCUCUAGUGAAGGAAGGUUCUCUUCCACCAUCUUGUUUCCCCCUCUGUUGGGCCUUUCUUCAUGCGAGACACCUGGCAAGAUGCCAAAGUGAUCAUACACGGCUUGCAAGAAAAAGACACAAAAACUUGGUACAUGAUGAGAAAUAAGGUUGGGCAAUCUACAAACAUGCCUACAAUCACUCAUAUUUUCAAGUCCUUUUGAAAGCACCGUCUUUCUGUUUAUUUAGAAAGCAUUGCCUUUCUUUUUUUGUAUAGACAAUUUACCAAAAAAAAUCAUCUUUAACAUAACCAACAUAUUACACAAAAAACACACAUGCAAAACACAAAUACAUAUUUAAAUGAUAUGCUUUUUCAUGGUCAUGAUUAUUUUAAGUGUCCUUAAAGAAACACAAGACUCGUUCCCAUGUCUUUUUGGAGUCUGUAUUAUUUUUCUCCAGCCUCUUUGCGAACACGAUUUCAUGCAACGUUUUAAUCAAAAUGUUCAUCCACUCCGUGAACACUAGCUCAUUAGAGCUUUUCCAAUGUAAAGCAUUGCCUUCCUUUUCUCUGUGACUUGUGUAGCUUCCUAUGUGUUUCUGCUUGUUCUCAACUGAACUUAUACUGUAUAUCUUGAAAUGUG